UUUACAGUAUGCUCUAAUGGGAAACAGGCUUCAACACAAACGUUUGUUUUCCGCUUGGUCCCAGAGCUCAACCAGUGUCAAUUUAAUAUAGCGUAAUGUUGGUUUUGGAUGGUAAAAAGUGCAGGGGUCAAAACUUGACUUUGGAAAAAGUAAGGGGGACAUGUCCCCCCUGUCCCCCCCCCAAAAUUACGUCCAUGAUUCUCGAUGUAAAUUGAUUCACAAUCAGUAUUAACAAAGAGUGUCGGCUCCAGGAUGAACUCCAUGCUGUAGUUCUUUUUGAAAACACAGAGCAGUUUUGUUUACCUGUUUUCCCGCUAGCGGGAAAACAGGUAAACAAACCUGCUCUGUGUUUUCAAAAAGAACUACAGCAUGGAAUUAGAGAUACGACACAGCAAGAACACACCUAAGAGAUCCAGGAUGAACUACUUUGUUGUACAAGUUAGUUAAAGCUACGGGACAUUUUUAUUUGACUUUAAACUGGUCGUGCUCCAAAGAUGCUAAUUUACAAGGUAAACUAAAGUGAUUCUAAAACUGUAAACAGAAACAAUCUUUUGACCAAAAGGCAACAUUUAUUUUUGUUUACCUUGUAAAAUAUAACAAAUCUGUAGUUGCCUAACAGUGGCUUUGAAAGUAAUACGGUCAAAUACUUUUCAAGUAUGUGUAGAAACAAGUUACAUGAGUAAUCCUGAGUACUCAUUUAUCAACUUAGAAAAUAAAUAUGAGAAUAUCUCAGAUUUCUGAGUCUGGAAAAAAUGACAUUCAACUGCCCUCUUAGCAGCAGAUUCAAACAUAAAUCAUCUCAAUUUAUGGGACCACAAAAGUAAUCGGAGUACUGACUCGCCUAACAAAGACCAAAAAAGUGCAUCUCAGACCUGUAACGUGCCAAAUAUUUCGGUUCUUGGGAUCGAUUCUGAAUCUUUAUAAACAAGAAUGGCUCUUUUGAUCUUCCCUUCCAUUAUCCAUGUCUCUCCGAGCCUCACAACCAGUCAGCCGACAGCUCCACGCAAAACAAGUGCAUGUUGGUACUGGAGGCCCCGGUAGCUAUUAGGGUUGUCACGGUAACCGGUGUAGCUGUAAACCCCGGUAAAAAAGUUGACAAUAACAAUAACCGUCUUGUUUUUAAAAAAAAUUCUCGGUGGGUUACCGUGGCUGCGGUGUAGGCGCGGUGACCCUUACCAGCCACCGUAUCAUCUGCUGAAGUUGCCGGCGGCACAUGCGCACUUUGUUGUUUACAACCAAAACUUUCUUGAAGCUAAAGCUGAAAUAAUGGCCAAAGGAGGAGACUGCAGCGCUCAGGAGGACAUUUUUUAUCCCUCAAAGAAGACAAAGUGGGAAGUACGGGCAUGUUUUGGAUAUGUGAAGAAUGCCGAGGGACAGUUGAUAGAAGACGGCUAUCCUGUUUGCAGCACGUGCAGAAAAAGUGUCUGUGAAAGGCAGCAACGCUUCAAAUCUCAUGACACAUCUGCGUGACCAUCACCCACAACUCUACAGUCAACGCAAGGCAAGCUAACGUUAGCGUUUUAGCUAAAAUGCGUGAUCCGAGGAUUUGGGUUGAGGGAGAAUGCAACGAGUCGCUAUAUAAAGCAGCCGCAGCGCCGCUACCUGCAUAUAAACCGUGUCGCGGACACCGCCAUGUUGAAAUGACGCUAUGCAUUACGGGGCUCCCAGGGGCCGAUAAGAGUUGGUCUCUCUCCGAGAAUAAUUAUGAAUUUAACAACGAUUACUGCCUGAUGACAUUUUCCCACAUCUGCAAAGCUCACUGGAAGGACACAAACCGAGGACAACAUUUUCCUGAUAUAGGGUUUAUUACUCAAGUAAGGGUAAAAAAGUAUCUGAGUAGAAGGCUACUUGAGUACUGAGUAUCAUCUGAUCUAAUAUUUUUAAAAUGAUGACAUCAAACAGACAAAAAAUAAGAAGUUAUGGGCAAAUAUUGGUAUUUUAAAGACUAAAGGGGAAAAUGUAAACAAAUAAACAACAUAAUUACAAAAUAACACAUUUUAGGCUAAAUUUAGACACAAACUGAGGACAAUAUUUCCUGAUAUACAGGGUUUAUUUAGUUUCCUGAAAAUGUAACAUGUUUCAACAAAUACCGCGGUAAUACCGAAAACGGGAUAAUUUUGGUCACAAUAACCGUGAGGUUAGAUUUUAUCACCGUGACAACCCUAGUAGCUAUGCUGGUUUCUACUGGACCAAACAUCUGAACUGGUCUUUGAUGCUCAGUCAACUAGGAACUCGGCUAUUUUUCCCUUCUUCAUCGUCCGAGUGAUUCCUUGUAGAAAUCCGUUCCCUCGUGUCCGUUCUCUCUCGAUCUGCCAUUGAUCAGGUGUUUGUCCUUUUGCCGUCUGAUUAGGAAACGUUUGGCUCUGCUUCGCCCCGAGGUUACGACUUUCAUCCUCCUUUGACACUUGUACACGUUAAACACUCAAACGUUCUCUAGUUGCAUCGGAAACUCAUCAUCUGACGGAUGAAGAAGAGUCCCGAGUGGGUUUUGCACUUUUUGAAUAGGCUUUGGUGUCUGCUUGUGUUGGAUGAGAUGGUGCUGAAAGGCCCAGUCCAUCCACACAGCCCACAUUUUUAUCCGCCGACACACACGGCCUGAAAAACAAGGGCAGAGGGGUCGAGGGUUAUGAAAUGACAAUGCUUGCAGUAGCUCAUCCAGGCAGAGGCAUCCUUUGUUGUCGUCCAGGAAUGUGCUGACUAACUCUGGAAGGCCACAACGCCAGCCUCCUCUUUUGUUGGACUUUCUUUUCUUUGCCAGUGAACUAGCAUGGCCGCUGUGCAUGGAGUUGGUUUCACUUAGAAAUCAAAACGCCCGCUCUGAGGGUCUCUUUCAUCUUUUUGAUCUUCCGUCUGUGGUCCAGUUCUGUUUUUAUAAGACCAGAGGUCUUAUCACAGAGCUUCCUCGCUCACCCAAGUCCAAGAACACCGGGUUCAAAGUUCUGUCUUUUGUGUACAUCAUUACAUAACAAUCAGCCUCUUGCUUUAAAAAAGACUGUUGAUGUGGGAGAUUUCUGCCCUCGUGUCACUUUGAUUCCUGCAAAUGUCUUAAUAUUCAGUAGUGAAAGGUUGGGAGUAGAGGUCGACCGAUGUUGGGUUUUUUAUUGCCGAAGCGAAGGAGACGUGGUCAGCCGAUGUGUACUGCCGUUUUUUAAGGGCCUAUUUUCAUGGCCGAUAUCUAGACGUUUUCCACUGUAUUUUCAUGCUAAAACAUCACAAAUAACAUCCGUUGAUCCACGCAACUCUGAGUUUAUCCAACUGUGAAAUCUUUACUUUGUGCACCGCUCAGUGUUGAAGUCAGACACAUAAAUAAAGUUAACUUAGAGUGUUUAUUAUGCAGAUGUUAUUAAUGAACAUAAAAUACAUUCACAUAAAUUCUGCAACAGCAACGGGCUGCCCGAGGAUGUGCCUGACUUUAAAUCCCCUUUAGGGUCGUCACGGUGUGAAAAUGUAACCUCACGGUUAUUGUGACCAAAAUUACCACAGUUUUCCGUAUUAUCGCGGUAUUUUUUUAAACGUGUUACAUUUUCAGACUACUACAUAAACCCUGUAUAUCAGGAAAAUAUUGUCCUCAGUUUGUGUCUAAAUUUUGCCUAAAAUGUGUUAUUUUGUAAUGAUGUUGUUUGUUUGUUUACAUUUUCCCCGUUAGUCUUUAAAAUACCAAUAUUUGCCCAUAACUUCUUAUUUUCUGUCUGUUUGAUGUCAUCAUUUUAAAAAUAUUACAUCAGAUGAUACUCAGUACUCAAGUAGCCUUCUACUCAGAUACUUUUUUACCCUUACUUGAGUAAUAAACCCUAUAUCAGGAAAAUAUUGUCCUCGGUUUGUGUCCUUCCAGUGAGCUUUGCAGAUGUGGGAAAAUGUCAUCAGGCAGUAAUCGUUGUUAAAUUCAUAAUUAUAUUCGGAGAGAGACCAACUCUUAUCGGCCCCUGGGAGCCCCGUAAUGCAUAGAGUCAUUUCAACAUGGCGGUGUCCGCGACACGGUUUAUAUGCAGGUAGCGGCGCUGCGGCUGCUUUAUAUAGCGACUCGUUGCAUUCUCCCUCUACCCAAAUCCUCGGAUCACGCAUUUUAGCUAAAACGCUAACGUUAGCUUGCCUUGCGUUGACUGUAGAGUUGUGGGUGAUGGUCACGCAGAUGUGUCAUGAGAUUUGAAGCGUUGCUGCCUUUCACAGACACUUUUUCUGCACGUGCUGCAAACAGGAUAGCCGUCUUCUAUCAACUGUCCCUCGGCAUUCUUCAAAUAUCAAAAAAAUGGGAUAAUAAAUGUCCUGAGCACUGCCGUCUCCUCGUUUGGACAUUAUUUCAGUUUUAGCUUCAAGAAAGUUUUGGUUGUAAACAACAAAGUGCGCAUGCGCCGCCGGCAACUUCAGCAGCUGAUACGGUGGCUGGUACCGCAGCCACGGUAACCCACCGAGAUAAUAUAUGUUUUAAAAAACAAGACGUUUAUUAUUAUUGUCAACUUUUUUACCGGGGUUUACCGCUACACCGGUUACCGUGACAACCCUAUUCCCCUUUACCAAAGACAAAUAUUGGCCCAUGCAGGUGUACCAAUAUAUCGGUCUACUCCUAGUUGGGAGUGUCGUCGACCUUUUGCAAAUCAGGGAUUUUCUGUUUGGGGGAAUUUUCCGUUUUUCCCGUCCCAUGGAUGGAUCCGUUCACCACUCUUGUUGGGGUCGCUAACGGGGGCGUCGGGCUCUCAGAUGGAGGUUCCUGCUUCGUUACAUCCAUCUCUGCUGACCCCAGUUUCUACAGUCUUGUAUGUGUCCCUGUAAUGAGGGAGAUCCUCGGCUUUCACACAGUGGGGCCAGAGGUAUGAUUGAUGGGAUUUACUCGGCAGGAUGAGAAAAAGCUGGGUUCUCUGCACAGUUUUUUUAACGUCUCCAGAGGAAAGAAAUCUUUGCAUCUGUCCUCCUCCUCCCUGCUGUUGCUACAAAAGUGCCCCAGAUUUUUAGAAUGAAAAAUUUUCCUUCUUUUUCCGUCGUCCCAGUGUCGGGGGGGCUAUACAGGAAGCAUGGGGACGUGUGGCUUAUUAGAUUUUUGUCUUGCUUGCUAAAAGAAUAUCUUUGCAAAUUCAAAACAAUACCAGGAGGAUUUGAGCGUAUCUUCUGCAGUUGCAUCCAAGGACAUCAUAAAUCAUAUUGUGGUUUUGGGGUAAAAUAUUUUACAGAUUCAGUUCCUCUGAGUACAAAAGCUUAGGAUAAAACCAUUUUUCUUUAUAAAUCUGUAAACCUACUGCUUUGAUGGUAAAAGCCCCCCCCCCCCCCCUAGUUCAGGGAAGGGUUUUCAUAAAGCCACCACUGUUCCUCCUGCUGUCCUUCCACUCGAUGCCUGUCGGUAGCUGAGGCCACGCUGCUGCCCUCUCCAGCCCUUGAACCCUGGACAGGGAGGGGCCUGCAGGGCUGGGUGAAUAGCUGCUGGGAGUCGUGCCGCGGGUGUAAACCACAUGAAUCAGAUGAGCAGAUAGGAUCAGGCCAGGCGGGGAGGCCUAGGCGGCCACGGUGCUCGGCGCAGCUCCGUGAGCUAACAUCAAAGGGAAGAGAGCGAAGGCUGGGCCAAACUCUUCAAAGGCCUCUAUGACUAAUGCCGGCUCUGAUAUGCAGCGCUGCAGAACUCAGUGAUGAUGUAAUUGCAGGCCUUGGAGAUGCAUCCUCUGGGAUUAUGCAAUAACAACGAUGAAGAGGACCUGUAUGAGUAUGGUUGGGUCGGAGUGGUGAAGCUGGAGCAGCCAGAGCUGGACCCCAGCUGUCUCACUGUCCUGGGAAAGGCGAAGCGAGCGGUGCAGCGGGGAGCCACAGCCGUCAUCUUUGAUGUGUCUGAGAAUCCGGAUGCCAUCGAUCAGCUCAACCAGGUAGCGGAGGACCCCCUGAAGCGGCCGGUGGUUUACGUGAAGGGCAACGAUGCCGUCAAACUCAUGAACAUCGUCAACAAGCAGAAGGUGGCCCGAGCUCGGAUUCAGCACCGGCAGCCGCGGCAGCCCACGGAAUACUUCGACAUGGGAAUCUUUCUGGCUUUCUUUGUCGUCGUGUCGCUCGUUUGUCUCAUCCUGCUGAUCAAGAUCAAACUAAAGCAGAGGAGGAGCCAGAGCUCCAUGAACAGAAUGGCCAUCCAGGCGCUGGAGAAGAUGGAGACCAGGAAGUUCAAGGCCAAAGGGAAGGGGCAGCGCGAGAGCAGCUGUGGCGCCUCCGAUUCGCUGAGCGGCAGCUCCACCUCUGACUGUGCCAUUUGUCUGGAGAAGUACAUCGACGGGGAGGAGCUGCGGGUUAUCCCUUGUGCUCACAGAUUUCAUAAGAAGUGUGUCGACCCCUGGCUGCUCCAGCAUCACACCUGCCCCCACUGCAGACACAACAUCAUAGAGCAAAAGAAGGGAAAUCCAGGACCAGCGUGCAUGGACCCUGCCAGCGCGCUCCACGGCAGGCAGCGGGUGGUGCUUCCGGUCCAUUAUCCUGGCAGGGUGCACCGUGCUGGCCAGGUGACAGCCUAUCCGACCAGAACCAGCAUGGAUCCCCACGGCAACCCCAUCACAGUUCUCACAGUGGACCAGCACCCAGAUCCACAAGGUUUAUACCCGCCACAGUCGUCUGCCUUUCUCCGGAGCUACCACCCCACCCUCCACCUGGAGCAUUCCCUCAACCCCCACCACUGCAGGCUAGAGCACCGCGGGCCGCCAGCCUAUCCGGCACAGCCGCACCACGCUGCCUUUAAACGACCCAAGUUCCACGGACGCAGUUUCUCCAGAGCGGCCUGUUUUUCGCAGUACGAGACCAUGUACCAGCACUACUACUUCCAGGGCCUGUCGUUCCCCCAGCAGCCCGAUGGCGGCCCGGGACCCGCUGUGGCGGGGCAGUUCAGCGGCGGAGGAGGAGUCCAUAAGGGCCACCACAGCAGAGCCUUCCAGCAAGGACUUUUAUAUCCCACAGUGGUGCACAUGGCGCCGCCCGCCUCAAGGAUAGGGGACGGCGGCAGCACCUCGGGGCUGAGCUGUUACCACGGCCAUCGCUCGGUGUGCAGCGGCUACCUGGCCGACUGUCCCGGCAGCGACAGCAGCAGCAGCAGCAGCUCUGGACAGUGUCACUGUUCCUCCAGUGACUCCAUGUUGGACUGCACCGAGGUCAGCAACCAGGGCGUGUACGGGAGCUGCUCCACUUUCCGCAGCUCGCUGAGCAGCGACUACGACCCCUACGUGUACCGGAGUAAGAGUCCCUGCAGGGGCUCCACGGGGGAGGCAGCUUGCACCACAGUUCCUGCUGAGGACUCAUCCAUCUCUGCCCCCGUGGGACACGAGCGCCUCCAGCUUCCGUCAGCAGCUUCGGGAUUCAACUCGAGGGACCACCACUCCAACUGCAGUUUGGAGCCCAACCAUAGCAGUCGUUCAUCACUGGAACCCAGGGAGAACAGCAGCACUACCUCAGCGGGGGCUCCGGAGGCCACUGCAGCGGACAGGGUCAACGGGGCGCUGGAGGAGUCGGGGGAACUUGGGGCUGCGGCCUGUAGCUGCUGUUUUGAGGUCAUUCCUCCUACUGCAGAGUGUAAAGGGCAGGACUUGGACAAUGCUGGGCCUGUGGCCUCAGGACACUGUCAAAGGGGGGUAGACUUUCAGAGCUCCGCCUCUAAGAACUACUUUUCUCCAGAGCACCUGUGUCCCCCUGAGCAGGUGAGCUAUGAAGGGCUGCCUUGCUGCUUCUACAAAGAAAUGAAGGUCCACAGGGCCACAGCGGGGCACUUUACCGAGGACUAUGCUGUUAAUGUGCAGUAUGCACAUGCAGAGUCAGAGGCCUGCUCGGGACAGGGCUGCUGCGAACUCAACCACAGGAUACCCAUAAUUCCUGAAGACACAGAUUGUGAACUGGGCUCAGGGGCAGACACCCGGAGCGGUUUGUUACCGGUCAGCAUCACGGUGGAGACAGAGUUGCGGACAGGGGAGCAGCGCGAGCCUAAGGAGAGGUACUUCCCCUCGGGACAGCUGAGAGGUCAUACGGAGGGGACCAGGGCUUUGUUUCACCCUCCGCUCUCUACAAGCCCGCCUACACCGGGAGCCAGUACUUCUACACACGAGAGAGAUCCGGGCUCAUGAGCCAGAACAGAGAUCAGAUAUGUGGUACUGAAUCCCAGAGGUUGCCUUGUUCUAACCGUGCUCUCGGAGCGCUGAAUGUUAUCAUCUUAGAUUGUGUGGUUUUCUACUGAAACGGCCUAAAACUUCUAGACUCGCGACGCAUCUGGUUCAUUCCUGCGGCCGCCACAGUCCCAAUACUCCGAAACAAGCUAGGAAAGAUUGUUGGAAGUCAGCUGCAGCCAGGAAGGGUCAGUAAUCUGGACCCUGCGUUGUAAACGAGCUCUAGGAAUCUGAGAUUCGUGCGUCUACGAGCGCAAACACCCACUCAAACGAUUCUACAGACGUAGCUAUACCAAAACAGGAAACGCCGAUCGUUAGCUGGGACUCACGUUAAACUAAGGAGAGGAGAGCAUAGAAUAGUGAACGCAAGACUGACACUGGUCACCAAUCAAAACACAGAAUUCAUUCAUGCAUUCAUUGCCGUUCACAGUGGCCUAUGCGAGGGUGAGAUGAGCAACUUGAGAGCCUUAUCCAGGUGAGACGUUGGCAGCAAAAUUAAAAGACGUGAUUGCUGGAAGCCAUUAAAAAUGUAUUUUUGAUAUCAGAUGACUACGGAUGCAGCCGUAUGCACAUGUAGGCUGACGUGUGACGCUAAUACAUCGAUACCCGGUGGGAUGUUUUUAUUUCCCGACACCAUGUCUCCCCGGCUCUCCACUGGACGGUCAAGCGUCGCGUAAUAAAACGCAACCGAUCACGAGAGAAUAGCAAGGGCGUGUCUAACUACAGCAGGGCGUGUCCAUAAAGGUCUGAUUCGUUUUGGUCAUCUCGGCUACGCAGCUUUCACGGGUACUUUUUUUGUUUGAAAGUUCACCGACUCACGACUGUUCCAUGCUGUACUUUUUAAAAACGCAGAGCAGUUUUGUUUACCUGUUUUCCCGCUACGUUUCGAUUGUGGCUGCAAACAUCCUCAGGCCGACGCUGCAGCGUCGGCCUGAGGAUGUUUGCAGCCACAAUCGAAACGUAGCGGGUAAACAAAACUGCUCUGUUUAAAAAAAGAACUACAGCAUGGAAUUAGGAAACAGCAGAGAAUGGCUCGGCUAACCGUUAGCAUUAGCACCUCCACCACACAGCAGAACUCCUCCGGGUUUGUGGAGAUUAAACAUCGCUGCGGAGUCGUGUUGCUGUUAGCCAAUCAGGGGUGAGAUGUAGCUGAAUCCUGCCCUCUCUGGCUGUGGCUCAUUUUGGAUCCUGGAACAAAAGCACCAGAGGGUUUUUUUUCCUCCGCACACGAAUCGAUUCGUUGAAAAACAAGUGAACUGAGGCCUAGUCCACACGUAGCCGGGUUUUUUUAAAAGACGAAUAUCCGCCCCUCCACAAACUUACAUCCACACCACCUUGUUUAAAAAAAACUCUGUCCAUACAUACCCGGAUAAAUACGUUGUUAAGGACAUGCCAGACCUGUAGGGGGCAGUACUUCCCCCGUUCUUAACCUCGUCCUUCGUCUGUGGUCUUCCGCAAGGAGCAGUAAUUCCUCUUGCAAAAACAAACAAGCAAACAGCGCUUGGACAAUUGAUAAAGCGAGCGCAGCUCUGAGGGCAUCCAUGCUGUCGGCUAGUGUAAACACAGGUCGCACACGUGAUGUCAGCAUUUUUUUGUCGCGGAAAGUGACGUUGCGGACCUUAAAACUCCGGUUUUGUCCGUCCACACGCAGACACCCAAAACGGAGAAAACGCAGAUCUUCACUUUGGCCGGAGUUUUUAAAAAGAUCCGUUUUCGUGUGGAUGACAGGCCAAAACGUAGAAAAAUAUCUACGUUUUGGCAGAUCCCCGGCUACGUGUGAACAGGGCCUGAGUCUUUAAACAUUUGGGGAGGUUUAAUUUCCUGUCUGGCCCGACCUCAGGUUAUCUACAGGUGUAUGGGAGCCAAAUUUAAGACUUUUUAAGACCUUUUUUAAGGCCAAUUUGACCAAAUUUAAGCUAUUUUUUAAAAUUAAAUUUAAACUAUAAUUUCCAGCUAUUGCGAAUGUGUGAUUAGCCAUCCAGUUACCAUAAAAGUUGCACGUCUCCCACUAGCUUAACCAGCUAAUGUGCUCAUCUAAAAAAGCCCCCUUUCACAACUAACUGAAUGUGUACGGUUCCGCUUACGCCAGCGUCAUACACAAAAAAUGCUGAACACAAACUAGAAAUUCAUGAAAAUUGAAAUAAAAUAAUCUUAUUUAUUGGGUCUUUGGUAAUUUAAGACCUUUGGAAACUGUAUUUAAGGAUUAUUUUUCAUUUUUAAGGAUUUUUAAGGCCUUAAAUUUGGAAAAGCAAAUUUAAGACUUUUUAAAGACCCGUGGAUACCCUGGACCUGAACGGCUGAGCUUACGCAUCACUACGCUUUGAGACAAAACUUCACACAGCGGGUAAUGCCACCCAACGCCGCCCCCCCCCCCCCCCCCCCCUAUAUAUGCAACAGCAAUAAGAUGGAAGUAUCCAUCAGCCCAGUUUUACUCGUCGCACCGAUACCGACGUUAGAAAACGACGACGUGGACUUGUCGUACAUCCUUACAGAUGACCGUUUCCUCUAUGAGGCGUGCUCUUAUAUCAAUAAAAGGUUCUAGUUUGUAUCUAAAGGCCAAAGGAAAGUAGCUAAACAGACUUCAUAAGGGUUCCUCAUUGUACUGUGACUUUUUUCUUUGAAUAAUGCAGUUAUUCCUACCACAGCGUCUGAAUCAUAGUGUGCAUAAUACAUUCACGCCUUCCUGUUUGUACUGCAGACUGUUUUUAUACUGUUUCUAUGAAAUGUCCACGUUCUCUACGCAGAGCAAACCCAGAAAUAACCCUAUUUAUAAGUUAACCCAGAGCUGUAAUCGUCACAAUCUAAUCUUGCCUUUGCAUAAAGAAAUGUACCUACUGCAAAUAUAACAUUUUGGGGGUACUCGAGUCACUAUUUAAUUGUUCCGUUUUUGUUUUCUAGCACUUACGAUAAAAAAAUGUGUACAAAAUAAUAUUUUUAAUUUUCUAAGAUAAUUAUUUCCUGUCGUACCGUUACAGAUGUUUAAAAGGCUAGACAUGGAUCUGUUGUAUAUUCUGUACCUGUAUAGCAAACAUUUCAUAAAUGGAACUAUGUUCUCUGAAUAUUUAUUUGCUAAUAUAUUUAUCUUUAAGCCAUGUCUUAUGUUUAGAGUGUUUGGUUGCUUUUUUCUUUGAGAGAAAUCACUAACAUGAGACGCUGUACAUACAUGGUAAUUGCACACGAGACGAUUAAAUCUUCUGACCAAAAAAAGAAAAACAACCUGAUUUUAAAGAACUUUAGUACUAUACAGUUUUGUAAUGAAAGUGUACAAAGAUCUGUAAAAAUAUACAGUUCCAUUCAAGUA